AGCAAUUUACGACUCUACACUCCAUCUUAAGACUAACCUAAUUAAUAGCAUGACACCUUAUGUAUCAUUCAUUACAUUAUGUCAUAAUUUUACUUUUUAAAAAACAUGAGCUGGUUUUAAAAUGCAGCUAGAAAUAAGGCAGUCAGCUGCUCGGAUAAGGCCUAUUGCAGUACCGUUAGGUAGCGGGCUUGUUACCCUCAGCUGGUGUUAGCAAGCCGUGUAGCUGUGUACCCACGACAUAACUUACAAUCAACUCACUAAUUAUAUAUUUGAAGAUAACAAGCACCGUGUACACUGUAUACAAAGUAAGGAACCGGCCGACAUGAGCACGCUUAUUUAACAAAGCAUCAGAAACUAUGAUAACACUCAGUCCUUUAGCUAACAAACCUUAGCUAGCCUAGCCUUGAUCCGGACCAGUAAGGAUGGAGAUAAACAUGCUGGUGAGGCUAGAAGGCAGGCUAUACAGGAGGCGAACCUCAGCUAACCAGGGCUAAGCCUUCACUAAUGAUGCUGUUGUGAGUUGGCUCUCCUGUCUUUAUGUUCACUGGUAAUGUUGAAGCUGAUUAUCACCCACGGUUGCGUUUGCCUUCCUGUUGCGGUUGCGCAACAGUCAUAUAAUAUGGCAAUGCAGUUGUUGUCAAGUGGGAACCCUGUGUAUGAGAACUUUUACAGACAGGUGGACCCUGGGAAUACAGGGAGAGUGGGACCAACAGAAGCUGCCUUGUUCUUAAAAAAGUCUGGACUCCCUGACAUUACUUUGGGAAAGAUCUGGGAUUUGGCCGAUCCCGAUGGAAAAGGCUAUCUGGACAAACAGGGGUUUUACGUAGCUCUGCGGCUGGUGGCCUGUGCUCAGAGCGGCCAGGAAGUCAGUCUGUCCAGCCUCAACCUCACAGUCCCUCCCCCCAAGUUUAAGGACACCAGCAGUCCAUCUCUAAGCAGCACAGCUUCUGCCUCUGGCGAAUUACACUGGGCUGUCAGGCCUGAGGAGAAGAGUAAAUUUGAUGGGAUCUUUGAGAGUUUGGCUCCAGUCAAUGGCCUGCUGUCAGGGGAGAAGGUAAAACCAGUCCUAAUCAACUCCAAGCUACCUCUGGAUGUCCUUGGGAAGGUUUGGGACCUGAGUGACAUCGAUAAAGAUGGCCAUCUGGACAAAGAUGAGUUUGCAGUCGCUAUGCACCUGGUGUACCGGGCCCUGGAGAAGGAGCCUGUUCCUGCGCUCCUCCCCUCUGCCCUCGUUCCUCCAUCUAAGAGGAAGAAGAGUCUAGGCUCAGUGGCCAGCUCUGCGCCAGGGCUACCUGCAAGCCCUCCACCACCAAAAGACUCACUACGCUCAACACCGUCCCACGGCAGCAUGAACUCACUCAACAGCACUGGUAGCCUGUCACCCAAACACACACUCAAGUCUGGACAGCAUUCAGUGAACUGGGUGGUCUCAGUGUCAGACCGCAGUCGCUAUGACGACAUCUUCCUGAAGACUGAUGCUGAUCUGGACGGUUUUGUCAGUGGACAUGAAGUAAAGGAGAUCUUCAUGCAGUCUGGACUUACUCAGAAUGUCCUCGCCCAUAUAUGGGCUCUGGCAGACACAAGGCAGAUAGGCAAGCUGACCAGGGAGCAAUUUGCCCUCGCCAUGUAUCUCAUCCAGCAGAAAGUCAGCAAGGGAAUCGACCCUCCACAGGCCCUGACUCCUGAAAUGAUUCCCCCGUCGGAGAGAGGCACUCCUGUACCAAGUAUGUCAGGAUAUAUGACCCCAGUGGGAUCAGAGAUGGCUGCUCUGUCAGAGAUGAGACGGGACAGCUCUAGUUCAGUAGGUUCUGGGGAGUUCACUGGCAUCAAGGAGUUGGAUGACAUCAGCCAGGAGAUAGCCCAGUUGCAGAGGGAGAAGUACACUCUGGAGCAGGACAUCAGGGAGACAGAGGAGGCCAUCAGACACAAGAGUGCAGAGGUGCAGGACAUGCAGAAUGACUUGGACAGAGAGACAGCCAGCCUGCAAGACCUGGAGGCACAGAAACAAGAUGCCCAGGACCGCCUGGAGGAAAUGGACCAGCAGAAACACAAACUAGAGGACAUGCUGAACGAAGUCAGGAUGAAGUGCCAAGAAGAGUCUCAGAUGAUCUCAACCCUCCAGAGUCAGAUCCACUCUCAGGAGUCAGAUUUGCAGAGCCAGGAGGAGGAGCUGAGCCGGGCAAAGGCCGACCUUGGCCGGCUGCAGCAGGAGGAGAACCAGCUGGAGCAGAGCCUUGCUGCUGGCAAGGUCCAACUUGAGACUAUCAUCAAGUCUCUGAAGGCCACACAGGAUGAGAUCAACCAGGCUCGUAGUAAGUUGUCCCAGAUUCAGGACAGCCAACAGGAAGUGUCCAAAAGCAUUGAGCAGUACAACAGCACCUUGAACGGAACCCAUGGAGGCAGUAUGACCAACCUUGCUGAUAUGAGUGAGGGCUUCAAUGACAGAGAGAACGGUGGAUUCCCAGCCAUGGUGAGAGCAGCACAGGAGGAUCCAUUCAAAGUGAAGCCGUCUGUGUUCAACAGUCAGCCUCAGGAGCUUCACACUGACCCCUUCCACUCUGAAGACCCCUUCAAAACAGACCCGUUCAAAGGUGACCCUUUCCUAAAUGACCCUUUUGCAAAGCAGCCAUCAGCAACCACAGAUCCUUUUGGAGGAGACCCGUUUAAAGAGACCGAUCCUUUCAAGGCUUCGUCAGAAGAUUUCUUCAAGAAGACCACAAACAUGGACCCCUUCUCCACACCAGAACCAUUCAGUAAAAGUGCCACAUUACCCUCCAAGCAAACAAGUCACUUUACAAGUAUCGACCCAUUCUCUUCAAGCAACCCAAAACCCAAAGGACCAGACCUGUUUGGCACGUUGGACCCGUUUGGCAGCACUUCAUUCAACAGCAGCAAUAACAGUUCCGCUGGAUUUGCAGACUUCAGUCUCAUGUCGAAGCCCAGAGACCCUUUUGAAGGCAGAGCCAGCUGGCUGCCAGACUACCAGAAGGCGGUGUUUGCUGACGACCCAUUCAACAGGAAGAAUGAUACACCAGCUCUACCACCGAAGAAAAGUGUUCCCCCAAGGCCCAAACCACCUAGUGGUAAGAGUACACCAGUGAACAUGUCUGGCACAGCUGACCCUUCCAAACCAUGUGACCCCUUCCAGCCAUUUGGCAGUGAUGACAUCGACCCAUUUCAGAGUAAAAAGGGCCUUGGUGACCCGUUCAGUGGCAAAGACCCUUUCGCCCCAUCAUCGGCAUCAAGACCUGACAAAGUCAAGUUUGGGAAUGAGGCCCAGCAGUUGGAGUGGGCGAAGCGAGAGAGUGAGCGAGCAGAGCGCGAGCGGCUGAAGAGGCUCAGACAGCAGGAGCAGGAAGACCUGGAGCUGGCCAUCGCCCUCAGCAAGGCCGAGAUGUCCAACGCAUGACCUGGAACCUGUACCACACACAGAUACACAGACAGCGCGUAGAUAGGCUAACAUGCAGACAAACAUGACUGACAUCUAAACAUUCAGACACAAAGCACAUCACUGGACUAACUCUCAAGCGUUCAUACAAACUCCAGUCCACACACACAGGACCUGGACUUCCAUUAUUUACAUUCCCCCACGCUCUAUGACUCAAAGAAUGGAAUGGAAAGGACUUUCAGGCAAACCUGGCUGCUGACCCUGCAUUUAGAAAACAAGCCAACAAAACUGAGGGCCGAGAACUCAUCACUGCAAAACUCUCCUACUGACAUGAAGAGAUGUAGAACUGUAGAACUGAAGAAUGAAGAAGGAGAGGAGGAGGAAGAGCCAAGAGGGGCCUGAUGGAAAGAAAUAGAAGCACUCUGUAUAUGCACUAUAGUGGCUGGACAGGACUGAGCAUACUCACUGACUGUUGUUGAUAUGGAACACCUCAACAGCUUGAAUUUCAACUUGUUUUUCUUCUUCUUCACUCACAUGUGGGGAAAUGGUUGUUGCUAUCAGUAGCAACAAGCAGCUGUGAAGAAAAAUAAUACUACAAUUCAAACUAAUUUUUUCCUGGUAUAUAGGGAUGACAUGAAUAUGUCAUUGAGCUACUGAUGGUAUAACUGUCUGUAAGUAUCAAGUGUUGAGUUGUUUUGCUGGUAAGAUAGCAUGAGGCUUUAAAUAAGUAUUUGUUUAUUGAGAGGCAUAUAGAGAAGACUAGAUCUGACACUCCUCAGGAUUGAGAAUUUUUAGUUCACAAUUUUCUCUCUUUCCUCAAUUUUUUUUGCUCAGGAAAUUCUGUCAUUUCCCCAAACUCAGUUAAGAAAUGAGUAUGUUGAUAGUUGAUUUUUUUUUUUUCACUUCUGCUGGAGGAUAAAUGUUUCCUACUGCUUUAUGCUAAGAUGGACUAAACUCUGUAUUGGAUGUACAGAACUGAAAUUAAUUUUGAUCUUUCAUCUUACUCUGGUUAAGUUGAAGUGUAUUUUCAGUUUUGAUUUCAUACUACUCCAGGGUGUAUGAUAAGAUUAGAGACUUCCACCCUUAAGUCCAGACAAGGCUGAAUUAUCAACCAGGCAAAGCAGGCAAUUCCUCAGGGGGCCCGAUGGCUCCAGGUUCACUGUUACCCCUUUUCCACCAACAUGGAACCAGUUUCAUUCCUAUUCCCGCACCUAAUUUUGAACCAUUCAGAGCAUUUCAGUCUAAAACAAAUUGUCUGAAAAGUUGGUUUUCAGCUUAAAUAAAAAAAAUAGCAGGUUUUGCUUGAGCUUAAGUGCGAACCAUAAUGACAUCAGUGGGCGUGUCUUACUGUGCAUUCACACCAAAAGCGUCAUGAGCGCCAGCGGUCGCUCAGGUCGCUGGCAUCGCGCUGCCUGGCAGCAGCUCCAGCAGGCGCUUGUAGCGGCCAAAGGGGCGGGGCCGGCUGCUGCAGAUGUGUCCAGACUGUUCACUUUACAAGGAUGAACAAAUAUAUCAUAUAUGUCUUCACUUUGUAUUAUCCAUGACUUUCAUUACACAAUUAAAAUAACGCAAAUAAACACAGUCAAUAUAGCCUUUAUGAGUCCUUUAUAAUUAUGAUUUUACUCUCCUGUUGGCACGUAGGACCACUGAGAAAUGUAAUUUGUGGUAAAUAAGCGGGAGCUCAUUAAUCUCACUUUUGGAAGCCUCCUUUGUACUGCAUCGGCGUAUUUGCUGAGGAAACACAGGGCCCGGAGUCGUCGGGCCGUCUGGGUCCACAGAGUCCUGCAAACACGGCAACUCCACGGUGAAUUUCACCGGCUCGUACAGCUCCGGGAGAGCCCAGACCUCCGUACCCGAAUCUCGGUCUGCAAUUGGCUGCUGCUUUGGCAGCGGCGCUUCUCAUUUGCAUAAAGUUGAGUUUCUCUCAACUUCACAGUGACGCUCCGGUCGCUGGCAUUGCGCCGCUCGCUGCCGCCGACGCUCCAGACGCCCUUCGUAGCAAGCGUACAUUGAAAAUGAAAGGCUGCCGGCCGCUUAUGACGCUCAUGACGCUUUUGGUGUGAAUGCACAGUAGGUUGGAAAGAGAGGAUGGAGAAUGCAACAAUGAAGAAGUCAAGUGAGAAAUUGUAAAAGAGCAUGUAGUGGUCUCAUUAAUGGUUGGUCAGUGCUUGUUUUGGGGUAAAAACAUUCUUGUGAAUGCAGUCCUUUAAGAACACCAUGAAGGAAUUUCUUCAAAUUUGGCACAAAUGUCCACUUGGACACAUCAAUGAACUGAUUAGAUUUUGGUGGUCAAAGGUCACCGUGACCUUGCAUCCAUCUCACAAUAACACGAUAUCUUAAGAACACCUUGAAAGUGGAAAAUGCAUGACCCUACUUCCACCAUACAUGCGUUUUUAGAAAAAAAAAACCCAACAACCAUAUAAACAUGUAUGCCACUCCCCCAAGCCAAAAUAAAAAACAUAGGUUCCAACUCUAUGUUGAAAAAAUUAUUUGACAUGCCUCCCCCUUUUUGCACCAGACCUUCCCCUCAAAAAUCAAGAACAGUCCCGAACAGAAGAGAAGUUAGCAGGUGAUCAAUAUAAUCUGCAAUUUUGCUACAAUCAUUUACUUCAGCAGCCCUCUGCUGAUGACACAUCUUUGAUUACAAUAGUUCUGCUUAAAACUGGUGGAAAUGUGGACUGUUUCAUUAGAAAGGGCCACGGGUCCAGGAAUUAUGAACGGAACCAGUUCAAGAACCAGAGCUAAUUUGGUGGAAAAGGGGUAUGUGUGAUACUUAGUUUGUGAUCAUUUAUUUAUUCGCAGAUUUGUUAAGGAAUAUGCUAUGCAUCACUGAAGCACACAUCAGAAAUGGAUAUGAUAAGGGUGUCAAGGCACUUCUUCCAAUUUUUACCCAUUGAUGGUCAUGUGCUGUAGAGGGGCCCAGGUUAAAAUUGGUACUUCCUUGAUUUAGUUGCCCAUGUCUUUAAAACUCAACAUUAUUAUUAUUUAUUUAACACAGGCUUUCUCUUAUAAAUGGAAAGUCUCUGAGCCCAAGCUGAGACAACACCAGUGAUGUCACUAUGAUGUAACAGGGUUAUUUCCAACAGAGCUGAUAAAGCUCGUCCAGCUCUUGCUUUUUGCCCUGAGGAAUCAGUUAUUCUUGCCCCUAGUCAGUGCAUGUGUUUUUCUCUUUCAGGUUUGAGAUCAGCCAGGAGAGACACUGUCCUUCUCUGGCUCACUGGCUCCUCCCACUUCAUCCAGGUCAUUACACUGUUUCCCUCUAAUGUGACAAAUACCUGACGAAUGGAAAUAACAGCUUCAAAUGUCAACAUAUCCUUUGAGAGACGGCAACAAAUUGUACAGAUCUAUUUUCUUUGUCUAUGAGUGUGAGAUUGUACUGUGGAGAUUCGCUGUGAUGACCUGCAGUACUCUCUCUCCCUCUGUCCAGUGUAUAUAGAUAACAGAGCUAACUAUGCGUCUUCUUGACAGCUGUACUCUGAUCCCGAUGCUGUGAUGUCAAACCACAUCCAACAAAUGAAAGGCAAGAUGAGGGAAUUAUUUUUUCUAUAUUUGACCGUGUUUUCUUAGUAGAGAAUGAGGAUUUAACACAAUUUUCAUUAGCUGGUUAUUAUUUUAUUAUUUUUGACAUGUUUUUGUUUUAAAGGAACAUUCAAAUUAAUCUAGUGCUGUUUUGUGCUAUAAUUUGUAGUUGAAUUAGAGUCAGUGCCCUACAGACCAGCAGGCACAAGCUGCAGAGUGUUUGGAAAGGUUUUAAACCCGCUGAAAUCAGGUGUCAUUAGGCUGGAAAUUGGAAAUAUUAGAAGAAGAGCUAUUUCUGAUGUGUCAUAGUUUGAUCUUCAGCAUGGACUUAACCACUCACCUUGUUUUCUUCUGAGUUGUCCCCUUUACUUGAAGUGGUUACUGAUGUUUUGGUGAAGCAGACUGGAGUUUGCAUUCAUCUGGACUUAUUUUCUGAAGACUUUCUGUUUCACUUAGGGCCCCGCUGUUGUAAGUUCAAAUAUCAUGUUGUGUUUUAUAUAUGCAAGUCUGUAUUAAGUGUGUGUUCAUGACCAGUCAUAUGCUUCAGUCAGUGUUUUGCCAUGUGCAUGCCCAGCAGUUGUAUUCUGCUUAGAGCACAUAUGUUCUCCUAAAUGUCACUUUAGGGGUUGACAUGUGGAGUUUCAGAUUUUUACCAUAACUUUUUAAUCACGGGGAGAAAGAAGUCUUACACCUGGUUUAGUCAGAGAAUAGCUUUUUGACAUUGUUAGCGUUUAUUAUUGAGACCAGUUGUAACCACUAGCAGAGCUUUGCUCUCUGGUCUGUCAUACGUUGUAAUACAGCACUGGAUGUCUUCUGAUGGAACUCGAACAUUUCAGUCAGCUUGACGGUUUUCAGUUAAGGCUCAGACACUCCAAACUGACAUCAAAGAACUAGCUGUGACGAAAGCUGAUUGUUGCGUCAUCUCAUGUCGCCGUGCUAGCCAGUUAGCACAUUAACAAUCCAAUCCGAUGUUGAAAGAACAGAGCAUAUCCACUGUGCACCAGUGACCAGUAACACAAAUCAUUUGGAAACAUUUCUGCUAGAGCUCAAUGGAUGAAGAAAAAUAAUCUGACCUCAUGCACUAAGUUUCUUGUGAUCUCACUUGACUUUAGCUCUUUGUUUUUUUACUUUCCUCACUUCUGUUUCUCCUCUCAUGUGCUGGGCUGAACUGCCAAUCAGAGUGAUUUCAUUCAUCACUCCGUCGGCUGCACAGUGGGUUGAACAUGCAGAAUUGGCUGGAAAAAAAGCUGACAAGGGUCAAUGAGGGCCAAUAGUUCAGGACACACUGCAAAGACUAGGGCGACAGAUGCUCACCACUGGCCCUACAUUUACUGAUGGCUGGCUUUGGCUUGGUGUGUCAGGAUCAUUAAGAGGAGUGUUAGAAUUUUGAAAACAUAAACUGACCUUAACAACUUCUAAGGUGAUAAAGAAACAAAAACAUUGGUGCUUCUUAAAGUCAAGAAUGCUUCCUUGAGAGGAUGGGUCCUUCCAAGUCAGGUCUUACAGAUGCUAGGUAAGAUUCCCUCCUAGCAUUUGGUGAACACACAUUGGAAUGGGCAAGCAAGCACCUAGGUUUGCAUCAUUGAAGAGGGCGCCACCUUCAAUUCUGGCAAUUUGUGCGCAAAGGAUUGUGGGUACUUCAUGCCCACUGAGGAUACACGCAUCCUUGAAAAUCCUCUGAACGAAGGACUCGGUUCACGGUAUAAUUCAAAGAAUCUUUUACAUCGGAACAGUCUUUCAGCAACAAUUGAUGACAUGGCUUCCUUGAAAUUCAGCAGUUCAAGGAUCCUUCCUUGACUUUGAGAAGCAAGACAUGAUUUUGUAAAACCAAAGCUGGCUCAGGAUUUUUCUUCAUUCAACUAAAGGAGUCAGCUCAACAGAAGUUUGCACAGUGCUGCCACUGGUAGCCGAAUAUACAACAGUUGUUGUCAGUAUUGUAUCUUUAAUAUAGCUUCCCGCCUUCAAUGGCAGCCCUGAGCACACGGCUGCUGACGAGAUUCCAGACUUAUCUGUAGGAUUUCAUAAUACAGGAUGAUGCCUCGUGAUUUGAUAUUACACUGUUUGUAUUUUUGUUUGUAUUGACCUAACCUCUUUCUGUUGCAGUUUUUUUAUCUUAGACCUGCUUAAUUAGCCUAGUUGUAUUUUGCCUUAAAUGUUGCUACAUCGAUUGCCCAAUUUCAGGGGAGUUUAUACCCAAACAUUCUUCCCACAUGGAUUUUAUGAAUUCCUAAUUUACAGAAAUGUAUAGAUUCUGUCAGACACCCAUCCAGGACUGUGAUGCAUAGUGUGAUUGUCCUCAAGACCAGGGGCCUGUAUUACGAAGCAGGAUUAAUGUCUUAGCGAGGUAACUUCAGGGUAAACCCUGGGUUUUCGGUCUCACGAAGCCGGUUCAGUUCUUAUUGGGGUAGAUCACCAUGGUAACUUAUUCUGAACGGCUAUCCUGCUCCGGAGCAGGGUAAGUUCAGGGUUGAAUCUGAUCCUAUUAAAAGCACCACCCACUGGCCAAUCAGCUGUUCGGAAAAAAAUGACUCCGCUGGCAGAAAUGCAGCCCAGUCAUGACGGGAAGUUUAAUUCAUUUGAUUGAUUUUGAUUUGAAAGUUUAUUUUGAACAUUAAAAAAGAAAAGAAAGCAACAACAACAGACAAUGAAAAGAUUGUUCAAAAAGGAGUGGAAAGAAGUCGAAAUUUCAUCCCAUCCCUUCAUAAGAAAGA